UAUUGUUUAAGAUAAGAUGUUAAGUAGAGCAGCCUCAAACCAAUACUCAGAAAAACAUCAAUGUCCAUCCUAACAAUCUUGCUUCUCCUUCUGAUAUCUUCAGCAGCAGAAGCUCAAAUAAGAUCAUCCAACAUCACCUUAGGUUCUUCCAUCACUCCCAACUCCUCCUGGCCUUCCCCCUCUGGCGUCUUCGCCUUCGGAUUCUUCCCCCAACACCUCAACAGCUACGCCGUCGGCAUCUUUCUUCCCGACAAAACCGUCGUCUGGACAGCGAAUAGCGACACCAAUCCAACCGUCCCCGAAGACGUCACCUCCCUUCUACUAUCCCGUGAAGGCAGGCUAAUCCUGCGCCGGAGGCAAGGCCAAGACGUAGACGUCAUCAACCUCUCCACAGCCAUCGCGUCCGCCUCAAUACUCGACAACGGCAACUUUGUUCUCUAUGAUUCCGAUUCGAGAAUCAUCUGGCAGAGCUUCAACAACCCGACAGACACCCUCCUCCCUGGGCAGCGCCUCCUGGAAAGGGAAGAGAUCUUCUCCAGCUCCUCGGAGACCGACUACGGGAGAGGGAAUUUCAGGCUGAAGAUGCAGACCGAUGGAAACCUCGUGCAGUAUCCUGUCAACACGCCGGACGCGCCACCUUACGCUUACUAUGCAUCUAAAACUAACACAGAUGGUAACGUCUCUCUCAACCUCGACACCGGCGGCCGACUCUAUCUGCUGCACAACGAUGAAGAGACUCUGCUGAAUAUAUCCAGUGGUGGAUUCCCUACGCAGGGAUCCAUCAAUUUCAUGAGGCUCGACGUCGUAGGAAUCUUCCGCAUCUACUCUCUCUCCCUCGGUGAUCUCAACUUGACCAGGAGAUGGUCCUCCACGGAGGACGAGUGUGCUCCCAAAGGUAUCUGCGGAAUCAACGCCUUCUGCAUUCUGUUGGAUAACAAGCCGGAUUGCCAGUGUCUUCCCGGUUUCUUCUUCGCUCAGUCCGGAAACCACAGAGCUGGCUGUUCGAGAAACUUCUCGGCGCAGGGCUGUUCCAUAACAGACAAUAGACUGAAGUACGAUAUGAGAACAGUCGAAAACACCGUAUGGGAGGAUAGCUCGUAUGAGAUCUUGCAAAUGACGAUGAGUGAAGAAGAUUGCAGCAAAGCAUGCCUCGAUGACUGCAACUGUGAAGCAGCUUUCUUCAAAGAUAACAUAUGCCAAAAGCAGAAGCUUCCGUUGAGAUUCGGGAGAAGGUCUCUAGAAGACACAAACAUGGCUCUCAUUCGCUACAGUACAAACACGGUGGCACCCGACAUUGGAGGCGAUUCCGACCCUAAAAGUAUCAUCAAGAAAGGGCAGCAUAUAGACAUCCUCAUCAUCGGAAUUCUUCUCAUGUCCAUAGGCGUCUUGUCGUUGUCAAUGUCUGUGAUCUUUGUUCGCCGGAGACGGAAGGACUACAUGAAGACCAGUAAGGAAGAUGGAGCUAACUUUGUCGAGGGCAUUUCGCUGCAAGUGUUCACAUUCGAGCAUCUAUCCGAAGCAACAAAUGGCUUCAAGGAAGAGGUGGGGAGGGGAGCAUCUGGCACGGUUUUCAAAGGGGUUAUGCAGAAUGGCAAGAAAAUGGUGGCGGUGAAGAGGUUGGAAAAGGAUUUCGCACAAGGAGAGGUAGAGUUUCAGACAGAGCUGAAGACUAUUGGAAAGAUGUAUCACCGGAACCUAGUCCGGCUCCUAGGUUACUGCCUUGAUGGAGACCACAAACUGCUUGUGUUCGAGUUCAUGAGCAACGGUUCCCUCGCUGACAUAAUUUUCAAUAAAGAGAAACAGCCGAAAUGGGAGGAACGGAUGGAGAUCGCUCGUGAUAUAUCUAGAGGGAUAUUGUAUCUGCACCAAGAGUGCGAGACGCAGAUCAUUCACUGCGAUAUAAAACCACAGAACAUACUCAUGGACAAUAACUGGCGUGCCAAGAUAUCGGAUUUCGGGGUGGCGAAAUUCCUGAAGCAAGAUCAGACUAAUACAUAUACAGGGAUAAGAGGCACUAAGGGCUAUGUUGCACCAGAGUGGUUCCAAAAGCAGGCGAUCACGGUGAAAGCAGACGUGUAUAGCUUCGGAGUGAUGCUGCUGGAGAUCAUAUGUUGUAGGAAGUGUGUUGAUUGGAGCAAGAGAGAGGAUGAAGCGAUUCUUGAGGAAUGGGUUUACGCCUGUUAUACAACGGGGAAGAUUGGGAGUCUGGUGGGGGGUGAUGAAAUGGUGGAUGAGAGUAAAGUGGAGAGGAUGGUGAAGAUAGGGAUAUGGUGUGUGCAAGAUGAGCCGUCGCUACGUCCAACAAUGAAGAACGUUCUGCUAAUGUUGGAGGGUAUUGUCGAGAUUCCCGUACCUCCUAAUCCUUUUUUUUCUUAAAGUUCCAUCUAACUUUGCCAUGUGUGUGUGCUAUCUCCGUUCGUGAACUAAUAAAUUGUUGGUUAUGACUCAAGUUUUAAUAAAUUGUUUGAGAGUAUUGUGAAUGGAAUGUGUUUUAAUUUAACAAUUCUUAAGAGUGUUUUGUGAGUGGAAUGCAUUUUAAUAAAAUUUUGAAUAAAUUGUUUGAGUA